AUGCACGCUCCGCUCCUCCCUUCGAGUAACUCAAGUUGCACGCGGCCCGCAGUGACGUGCGCUUCGUGUCUACUUGGGGCUUCCACCAAAACUCUAACCUUUCCGUAUAACAUCACACAGACAGUCGAUGUCACGAUCAUACCAUGCGUGACAGGCCUUCCCAAUGGCACCAAUGUCACGUAUGGGUAUGAGACAAUCGCUCCACCGGGUCUGCCAACUCAUUCCGGCAUGCCGACGGUAUUUGAAGACAACUCGACCACGAUCUGGGUCACUGACGGCGCGACAUUGACGUAUCCAACAACUUACGCUUCUUUUGAGAACUUCAGCGGUGUUGCCGCGCCAACUCCAGCCCCUACAGCAUGCGUUCAGGCAAAAGAUGUCCAUCCUAUCUUCUUACCAGCUACCACCGACCCAGCAUCACUAAUAUACACUCCAACGGCUGGCACGAAUGCGAUCAAAGAGCUCCACUUUGGCCACCUGCCGACUCCACUGCUUGCGUAUCUUGAUAGUCUAUCGACAGUCGUCCAACAGCUUGGAGGCAACAGGCCAGGGACCUGCUCAUCAACGAGGACAAGCGCUUCAUCCGCUUGUAAAACUCCACGGCCCUCCAUGCAAAACUUCACGAUCCCGGCCAACUUCUCAGAAACAGGGCCACCUCCAGAGAGCCCAGGUCCCAUGCUAGGGGCACCAGGUCCUCCAGCUAUUCAGAAAAUUCCUGCGGUGGUAUUGAGACGCACAGCUGGACCAGUCAAGUUCACGCCAUACACGGCCCCAGAUGCAACGCAGCCCAAGGCCGAAGCUGCUCACCAUUCUGAAAUGGGAAACCAUAAUCAGGGUGGCGACAACCACAACGGUGAUGGAAGCAGCAGCGAGCAAUCGAAACACCCCGAUCAGCAACAAGCAGACAGUCAAUCGCCUGUCAACCCGAAUCCUGAGACGAAUCCUGAGAUCUCUAGCAACAAAAUCUCGUCGGACGGUCAGCUUCACAAUGUCAACGGCGGCUCCUCCUCGUCUGGGGGCAUGUCGCCUCCAUCAGAAGAUGUCAGCGGCAGCACAUCGUACUCUCCGGGGACAGAAGGCGCAGUUACUUCACCAGGAGGCAGUGACGCUCUCAAACCAGGAGGCACCGAAUCUCAAAAAUCAGAAGACACCGCAUCCCACAAAUCAGGAGCCUCAGAAAGCGACGACUAUCUUCAAUCUGGAGACUCCGGAAGCAACAGACAUGCCUCGUCAGAGGCUUCUGGAUCUGGUCACGAAUCUGGCGCAUCAUCAUCUUCGAACUCUCAGCCUGGACGAAUAGAGAAUUUACAGGUUGCACAAGAAGGCUCACCUGGUGAAAAUGUUUCUCCUACAACAUCAGGCAACACGAAUGCCGCUUCGGAUGGGUCAAGCGACGUUCCACCAGUGUUAUCUGGGCAAGGCCCCCACGGCGUUAGCGGUCCUGAUCGCUAUUCGGCAUCGUCACUUGCGCCAAGUGACAACGAUCAGUCCGUGGCAUCCUCUGCACACAAGGAUACUGCGAACUUUGGCUUACCCGGUUCAAGCCCUUUGGCAUCUGGAACCUAUCCGGCAGCAGAGUCGUCUAGUGGCGAAUCAUCUGCUUUGAAUGCCUCGAACGAGAGUGAUACUACAAAUAGUGGAAAGUCUCCUGCCGUUAGCUCUCCUGCUACGGCUGGUGAGCCCACAGGCAAUUCCAGCUCAACGACCACGAAUGUCUCUGCUGCUAGCCGAAGAGGUAUAUCCGCUGUGGGGGUUAUCGUGAUCAUUGCCGCAAUUGCUGCCGCUGCAUAG